CUCCCGUGCGCGUGCGGCCGUGCCGCCGUCGGGACCCACAUCCCGUGGCGUGGCGUGGGGAGCCACCCGCAAGCAGAAUAAAACGUGUGGCUGUCCCUCGUCUCCCCCAACUCCAGCACAGCACAAUGGACGCCGCCGUCUCCCUCUCCCUGCCCCUGCACCACCACGCCCACGGCCCGCUCCCGCUCCCGCACCCGGCGCCCCACCACCUCCACUGCGCUGUCCCGCUCAGGCACCACGCCACCUCCGCGUCCGCCGUAACCGCGCCGCCGCCCAAGCCUGACGUUCAGGCUCCUCCAGCGGCGCGCCUGAGCCCCGCCCUCGCCGCGCCAUCGCCACCCCGCUCGUCCCCGGCCGCCGCGCGCUCCUCCAGCCGCGCCGCCACGGGAUACGCGGCAGCGCUGGCCGACGCGUGCGUCCGCGCGGGCACGCUGCGCCGCGCCGCGCGCCACGCGCGCGCGCUCCUCCACCUUCUCCUCCGGCUAGAGCGGCCCCUGGAAGAGGGCGCCGCCGCGGUCGAGGCUGCCGUGACGGUCGCGGGGCAGCAGCUGGACGCGCGGGUGGCCGCGCUCGUCAGGAUGCUCGUCGCUAAGGGCAGGGCCGGGGUGCUCGCCGAGGCCCUGGCCGAGUUCGCCGCCAUCUGCGACCACCUGCUGUCGACGCGCCCGCGCGCGCGCCACGCCUACUAGCUAGGCAUGCUGCUUAAUCGAGUACAGUGCCCAACAAACAGCACGCCUUUUCGACACGAAACACUUCAUCCACCAGCGUAGCGUUUGUACUCGUGCAUGGCCUUCGUUCGCCAUGGAUGCAUGGUCUGUACUCUUCUACAAGCAAAUUCUGCUACAUGGCGCUUAGCCAACGUUGUGUACUUGUGUUGCCAUUGGUUAUCAGUACAACGCUACGGAGCC